AUGCGAGAUCAGAGCGCCGGUCCCGUGCUUGUCAGGAGACGUAGCGACAGCAACACAACGUCCGAAGUGGGACAAGACAUGUCAGAUCUUGAACUGGACAACACCACUGAGGAGAAAGUAGAGGAGCCUUACACCAUCCCGCCCCGAGAACCGCCAAAUGGCCUGGGUAUUAGCAUAGGACGCCCAAGCAAUGCUUCAGCUGGCUCCGAGAACCGGGUGGCACCAGCGGUCUCUGCCAUUCUCCGCGCAGGCACGAUUUGGCUUGAUCCAAACUCGGCACGAGUAUGUUGGCAUUCGACCAACCCAUCCAAAUCCUUCUUCAUUGACGAUGUCCGUGAUGUCCGUGUCGGCGCUGAAUCGAGGAAUGCACGAGACGAUGCUAAGAUUCCGGACGAGCAUGAGAGCCGUUGGGUGACGAUCGUAUACGAGCCACCGGAACGAUCCAAAGGACGAACGAUCAAAACCAUGCAUCUCAUCAUGGAUUCCAAGAUGAUCGUCGACUAUUGGACGGAGGCACUAGGCAACGUCACGAGAGAGCGGACGGAGAUCAUGAGCGCCCUGACUUCCUCGCCCGAGAAAAGCGAGCGAGGCAUGGCCAUCGCAUGGACAAAGACCAUGACCCGGCCGAAUCGACAGGGCCCCACUGGCGAAGACUGCUUCACACUCGAGGACGCGACAUGGUUAUGCGCCCGACUUGAGAUCAACUGCAGCAAUUCCGCGGUGAAAACGCACUUUAUGCGCUCGGACAGCCGCAACACCGGCUCGCUGAACUACACGCAAUACAUGGACUUCGUCAACUCCUUUAAGGAGCGUAAGGACAUCCAGAACCUCUUCACCAACAUCAGUUGUGGCACCGACAACGAUGUGCGGCUUGAUGAUUUUCUCGCCUUCUUGUCGAAUGAUCAGAAGAUCAAUGUCGAAAAAGAACGCGCGCAUUGGGAAGGGGUGUUCGAACGGUUUUCACGCGUGGCGCCGAGCAAGUCGUCUUUGCCAGAUGCCGUCCCCGUACCGGGAGAGAGGACGAUGAACAUGCAAGGGUUCCAGAACUUCUUGACCUCGAGCUACAACUCGCCUGUGCCUGGAAGCAAAGCCGAACCAACACUGAACCGGCCGCUGAAUGAGUACUUCAUCUCGAGCUCGCACAACACCUACCUCCUUGGCCGCCAGGUUGCAGGUGCAUCAAGCGUAGAAGGCUACAUAGCUGCAUUGAUCAAAGGGUGCCGAUGCAUCGAGAUUGACUGCUGGGAUGGUGAGGGUGGACGACCUACGGUUACUCAUGGAAGGACCAUGUCGACCAAAGUGCCUUUCGAAGACUGUGUCUCCACCAUCGGGAAGUACGCUUUCCACUCAUCGAGCUACCCACUCAUCGUGUCUUUGGAGGUGCACUGCAACCCGGAGCAGCAGAGGGCCAUGGUCGACAUCAUGCUCAAGUACUGGAAAGGAGCGCUCGUCGAGGAGCCGCUGACGAAUGACGCACUGACUCUGCCAUCACCGGAUGAGCUGAAGAACCGGAUACUCGUCAAGGUCAAAGUGGCAGAAGAAGCCGAGCCUGCUUCGCUGCAACCAGAAAUGCCCAACGGUCGUAGCCGCGCCCGCAGCUUGGGAUCUGCUUUCACACGAACGUCUUCGCUGGAGAAGUAUCCCAUCACGGCCACUCCACCAGUCAUGAGUCCGCCCACCAUGAGCCCCCUUGACACCACCGUCAGCCAGGUUGGCACCCCACGAGGCUCGAUUGCGUCGGGAUCAGCCUACACACCACCCAGCACUUCAUCCGACGAUAGCGACGAUGUCCUCACAUCAGCGUCCGAGAAACCUCGCAAGCCGAAGUCCAGUAAGAUUGUACCCGAGCUUGGGAGGCUUGGAGUCUACGUGCAAGGCAUCAAGUACGGUGGAUUUCAGGCGCCGGAGGCCAAGACGUUCAACCACAUCUUCUCGUUUUCCGAAAACACCUUCGACAGUCUCUGCACCAAGAGCAGUGGCACGAAGUCGUUGCUGGAGCUACACAACCUACGCCAUCUCAUGCGAGUGUACCCGAGUGCGAAGCGAAUCACCUCUGGAAACUUUGACCCUAUGGAUCCAUGGCGCCGUGGCGUCCAAAUGGUCGCGCUCAACUGGCAGACCUAUGAUGUGCACCAGCAGAUCAACGAGGCCAUGUUCGCUUCUGGCUCUGACAGGGUCGGCUACGUUCUGAAGCCGGAAGAGCUUCGUCCUGCCAAGCAUUUACCAAUCGCGGACACGCUACCAUCCGCGUUGGAGAAGAGGGACAAGAAGGGGAAGGUGUUCAUCAGAUUCACAGUCGACAUCAAGUCUGCUCAGAGGCUUCCACGACCACGGCCACAGAGCGGCCAUACCACAAUGAACCCGUACAUCGAGAUGGAGAUGUACUGCGCAGAAGACAAAGCACGCGGCAUCGCGAAAGGUCAUGGAGGCUUCGAUGCCUCUUCGGCGGACGGCUUCUCUGGCAUCAGCUCCCCUGUGCGCAGACGGACGAAGAUAUCAGAGGGCAACGGCUUCGAUCCAAUAUGGAACUCGCCCGUCACGAUGGCCGUGGGAACAAGAACCCCAAGCCUCAUCUUCGUUCGCUGGACCGUAUGGAAUUCGUCCGAUGGCCACUCAACCGGCAGCGACCGCGCCUUCCUCGGCACCUUCACCGCCAAACUCGACAGCCUCCAGCAGGGCUACCGCCACCUCCCCCUCUUCACCGCACACGGCGAGCAGUUCCGCGAUGCCAAGCUGUUCGUCAAAAUCACAAAAGAAGCUCCACUGCCGCUGCAGCACGACGGCACCAGCAACGGCUUCGUCGCAGAUCCCAUGCCCUCACCUCGUCCAGAACCACGACCCGACCCACCGCGCUCUGAGCGCUCAUGGGGCCGCCGCGUCUUCGGCCGGAAUUCGAGCCAACGGCGUCUCGACGAGCGGCAGCAAGACGGGUACGCGGGGGUGCUUAGUAGGACCUCCAGCACCGAUCGCGACUCGAUUCGAUGA